AUGUUUUCUGGUUGCCAAUGAGAAGAUGUUGCGCUGUGGAGUUGGAGACAGAUGAGAAAUCACUGUCAGACGCUCCGAACGGGAAUAACGACGCUCUUAUUUGGAUAAAUACAGUUUCUUCAUCUGAUGUGGACAAUUUAGAGAAGUUGAAGAUGCAUACAACUCGCAGUCCAACAGCGUCCGUCCAGACAGGGGCAGCUGGAGAUGUUCUGGACCUCAGCCUGACCGGCUCUCAGCUCAUGAUGGGUCGCAGACCCAGCAGCGCUUCACCUGGAAAACACUUCUCUAGAUCCAUAUCUGUGUCUGUGACCAGUGACGGCCGGGGGAAGAGAAACACUUUGACCGAUGCUGGAUUGGGAAGCUCACGAGCAAUUAAAAAUCUGCGUCGGUCCAACAGCACUACACAGGUGAACCAGCAGGCCAACACAGGCCCCAGUGAAGGCCACACAGAAGACUUCCUGGCUCUGUUUAACAGUACCUCUGAUGGACGUAGAAAACUGGCCAGCCUCUCCAAGACCUCCAAAGACCGUACUACCUGGAACAUCCUGGAUGACCAGCCAAGAGCAUUUCCUGUGCCCAGCAGUUCUCAUAGUACCUGCAGCAUGGAUUCUCCUACAGGCCUGAAGAAGAGAGAAGCCGGCAUCUCUCUGGCUGCCAACUUCACUGCCAACAACAGGAGCAAUAAAGCUGCUGUGGGAAACUCUGUGACCACCAUCCUCCAUAAUAACCACUCAGAGAAACCCCUCACUCCCAAGAGCUCCAAUCAGAAACCUUCCUUCAAUAACAUAAUCAAAGCCACCGUAAACGAUGAUGUGACUUUGGAUGUGAGCUGUUCUCUUACUAAGUCUCAGAAGAACUUCUCCUCUGCCUCAUCAAGCUCCAACAACAAUGCCCCCCGUAGCCCCCGAAGCCCAGGUCAGCCACGCAGACGAGAGGUGACUGAAGAGGAGGCUGAAAGGUAUAUUCAGCAGGUGAACCAUGCUGCUAUUACCAUUCAGCGUUGGUAUCGCCGCCAAGCCAACAGAAAGAGAGCCAAUGAGAAUACAAUCAAACACCUCCUCGCAUCAAAAAAGAAGGAGAGGGAGCAGAGAGCAGAGGAGGAGAAAACCGCUGAAUCACUGAAGAAGAAAGAAGAUGAUCGAAAGCGAAUCAGGGAAGAGAAAGCUCGUCUGGCUCGACUUACUGCCAUACAGGAGCUUCAGCAGAAAAGAGCCCAACGUGCUGCAGAGGUACAGCAGAUUGCAGAGGAGGAGAUAGAGGCCCUGAGAAAUGGUGGGAAAGCGGGACGUAAAAAGCUCACCAAAAGUUCACCCACUUCUCCCACUGACGUCAAGGCUAAGAACACAGAUUCUAAUGUGAACGUGGUGGCUGAUCUGGACGAUGUGCCGAAUCUAAGGGCUGCGUCGCCUGUGGGUUCUGUAUGCAGAGGAUCUCAAUGUUCCCAGGAGAUCCUCCAGAGGUCUGUGAGCAUGGAGGAUCAGCGGCAGGGGGCAUCAUCGAGCAGGACACAGUCAAAAACCACUCUCAAUGACUUAUUAGACACGCUAAAGCUCUUAGAAGAAGAACCAGAGAGACUGUCAGAGCCCAAGAGCUACAGGAAGGACAAGUAUUCGUGGAUCGAUGAGGAUGGAGACUCCAACUCCCUGACGACGGAUAAUGUGGAACGGCACAGGCAGCUAAGUCAGACUCCAGCUUUACCAGAUGGGGGUGCUCUGCUUUCAGAAGCCAAACUACAGAGCAUUAUGAGCUUCCUGGAUGAGAUGGAGAAGUCCGAGCAGGAGAGACCACGCUCGGUCACUUCUGGAUCACAUAGAGAGGUGGUGUUGUCAGAGGAAGAUCUAGCGGUUGUGGACCAAGCCUCAGCUACAGCUGCCGAGGUCACCGGCUCUAUGAUGAGACUGAAACUGGAGCUAGAUGAGAAAAAACGCACAGUCAAUAUGCUACAGACAGCACUGACCCAGCAGAGGGAGCUGACGAUCCGGCAUGUGAAGGAGACGGAGAAAGAGCUCAAUCAUACGUUCCAGUUACAGAAACAGCAGUACGAAGCUACAAUACAGAGACACUUAACGUUUAUAGACCAGCUGAUUGAUGAUAAAAAGGCCCUGAACGAGCGCUGUGAGGAAGUAGUGGGAGAACUCAAGCAGGUGGAUCAGAAAUACACUAAGAAGAUCGCUCAGAUGCAAGAGCAGCACGACAUGGUGUGGCAGAUUCUGGGUCCCAUGUGUGAGGAGAUUAAGAAGUUGAAAGAGUUAAUGAGCGCCACGGAAAAAAUCCGCAGAGAGAAAUGGAUUGAUGAGAAGACCAAAAAGAUCAAAGAGAUCACUGUAAAAGGUCUGGAGCCAGAGAUUCAGAAGCUCAUCUCCAAACACAAGCAGGAGCUGAAGAAACUCAGAGUUCUUCAUGAGGCAGAGCUGCUUCAGGCAGACGAGAGGGCCGCCCAACGUUACGUCAGGCAAACCGAGGAAUUACGACAGCAGUUGGAGAGAGAAAGAGAUGAACAGUGCCAGAGAGAGAGAGAGCUGGCCAAGCAGAGGUUUGAGAAACAGCUGCAGGAAGAAGAGAACUCGCUGCAGCAACAGAGGAGACGUCUGUACAAAGAAGUGUCAGAGGAGAAAGAGCGAAUCACACAGCUGGCAGCCAGGCAGCAUGCUGAGCUGGAGGACUUAAGGAAGCAGUUGGAAGAGAACAGCUCUUUAGCAGCAAGAGCCCUGAGAGAAGAGCUGGAGAAGAGCAGAGAAGAGCAGGAGAGACGACAUCAGGUUGAAAUAAAGGCCCUGAAGGAAAGACUUGAGAUUGAGAAACAGACAUGGGAAGAAAAUUAUAUGAAAAAAGAGGAAGCAUGGCUGCUGAGCAGAGAAAGGGAGCUUAAAGAGGAAGUGCGUCGAGGGAGAGACAAAGAGAUUGAGCUGGCCAUUCAGAGGUUAGAGGAGGAGACCAGAGGGGCGAGAGAGGAGUGUGAGAGAGCGUCUGACAACCGGAUAAAGCGUUUGAGGGAGAAAUAUGAGGCCGAGCUCCGAGAUCUGGAACGUUCAGAGCGGGCAGCAUUGCAAAAACAGCAGGAGAUGAGAGAGAAACACAACGAGAUGGAAGCAGAGCUCCUCCGGCUGCAGUCGCUUUUACGACAACGAGAGCAGGAAAUAAGCGACCUUACCCAGGCCCGUGACAAAUUAUCGGAUGAGCGCCGCAGUCUAGCGGAAGUGAUCAGACAGGAGUUUGCGGAACGCCUUGUAGAGACGGAAGAAGAGAACAGGAGGAUGAAAAUGGAGGUCUCGGAGGCCAAGGCUCGACUCCGUUUAGAGGUGGAGCGAGUGACAAGAGAGAAAGAAGAAGAGCUUGCGGAGGUGCAUCAAAGAGUGAAAUCAGCUAUUUUGAAAAAGGAAGAAACUGUUAAUAACCUGCGGAAGCAGCAUGAGGCUGCAGUGAAGAGAGCAGAUCAUCUCGAGUCUUUGUUGGAACAGCAGAGAAAACAGCUGUUAGGGAAAUGAUUGACAAGUUAGGGCAUUGAAAUCCCCAACACCCCCUUGCCUUCUGUCAUACCGUCCUCCUGCACAAAGAAGCGUUUUCUUUUUUUUUUUUUGUCAGGUUUCAGUUUUAUUUCUUUUGGUUGUUUGGAUGGACGUUUUGGUUCCACCAGGCUUCUCAUCCAGAAAGGCGGCCUUUGGCAUUCCCAUGGGAACAAGGCUAGAAAUGAGAGAGGAAUUUAAUCUCCGAGAUUCUUGGAGAGGCUUUUGUGGGUUUCUCUUUCACGGAUAUGACCAAAUUACAGACUCCUUUCAGCCACCGGUUUCAUACGGCCAAAUGAAUUUAAGCAUAUAAAGAAAAAACUUUAGAGUUUAGAUCUUGUGGAAUCUUAUAAAAUCUCGCCCCAUAAACUCGUGCUUAUUUCACCCCAGAAUCAAAAUAUACAAGUAAGAAAUGUCUUAAAAAAAUGAAAUCAAGUUCAUUAAGCAAUUUCUGUAUUGCAAAAUAAUAUAUAUUAUUUAAGUUUUUAUAAGUAUUUAUACAACAUGUUUUUAACUUUUAAUUUAUGCUUGUAUUAUAGUGGGGUUUUUUUUUUUUUGUUUAUUUUUUUUUAUAUAUAUAAAAAUGGAAAUCACAUCACAUCUUGAGACUAAUGGGAGUUGCAGCAGUGUGUGCAAAAUGUGCUAAAUGGUCGUGGAAAUUUGCACCGUGCAAAAUGGUCCUAAAAUAAGCUUCAUUUUCUUUAUGCGCAUUAGCAUUUUUUACAUUACGUAUUUUGAUUUGGGGGUAAAAUCUGCAUGCUUCACCCAAAGAAGUGGAAAGCCCCUUUUUUGCUGGGCACAAAGGCAUUCACAGUAAACGGCUCCAGAUGUUUCUGUAACUGCAUACCCUCUUCCCGUCUCUCUCUCCAGCACUGGAAUAAGGGAAAUGGGUGGAGAUUACAGUGGGCAGGAGACGUGGAAGAGGCAAAGGCUAUAAAAUCGUGCAGAGAAGUUAACCCUUUACAUUAAAGAGGAGAGGUUUAACCCCCCACCGACACAAACAUCCCUGCUCCCCCUGCCUUUUGUGUGUUGCAUACAGAUGCCUUUUGUCCCGAUACCCCUCUGGGCUAUCUCUAAAUUACAGGACAUCCCCCAGGACACUUAAACAUGCUUACACAGAGCCCUCAGUGAGGCCCAGUUCUAGUUUAAACAGAGAAAUGAUGGCAGCACAGCUAGACGAUAAAGAUUUUAGAAGGUCUGUUGACAGCAAAGCAGUAGAUGGUAAAGAUAAGUAUGGAGUGUCUCUUUAGAUUGAUACAGUAGAUUGAGCAGCUCUCACAGGGGUACGAUGUGCAGCUGAGGUGAGAGGCCCGGUUGAGGAUAAGUUUAGGUGGAUCUAGAAAGUUGGGUAGAUAUGAAUGUCAGAUAGAUAGAAAAUUAAGAGGAUGCCAGUGUUUAAUUAGGAAAAGCAGAGCUGGGUUAAGCAGGAUCUGGUUCACAGUGACUACCAAAAGGAAUGUUCCUGAAUCAACAUACGCAGUUCCCACAAUCAUGGAUGAGGUGUCAGGGAUUUUAAAAUUGUGUUUUCCAGGCCUAGACGAGUCACAGAAAUGAACAAAAUCUGAAAAGUAAUGGAAAACAGUUAAUAUAUACAUUUUUGUAAGAACAAAAGUAAAGCUAGACAAAAAUACAGUUGCUUGCAAGCAGUGUUAACUAAAAUGAGUUUUGUUCAUUGAAAUAAAAAAUAAAUGUAAAUAUUAAAUAGAAAACUUAAAUUAUCUUAAAAUUAUCUUAAAAUCUAAACCAGAAUUAGAAAUGAAAUAAUUAUUCAUUGAAGCAUUAA